GUCAUACAUCAUGUGCACCAGACAUUUCGAUCAAACUUGGUGUUAAUGGCAAUACAGCAUAAAUGAAAAACAGCCAUAAUGUUAUCCAGAGGAGCACUAGCCUCCAUCUGCACAGGGGAGCACUGAUGGUGACCAACAGUGAGUCACUUCAGUCUACACCUGUUAAGCUGGAAAAUUGAUUUACAUGUCUGACAUCAAGCGGAUCAUCUUCAGAACUGCUUUAUCAACUGCAAAGAACCUAGUCCUUUUGGUUAAGUUACUCCCCUUGCAAAGAACCUAAUCUUGUCUAAUUCUCAUCUUGCUGAAGUCUACUGAUCAUAAAUACCAAUGCGCUUCUUCAAUGAAGACAUGCAUGAUGGCAGGUUUGUGAGUGCUCAACAAGUGUAAAUAGCAAGAUUAUGACUUGCACACUGCACUCCAUGUGGUCUGAAGAACGUGGGGAUGUAGACCUUGACAUUGAUUGAGCCCCUAUUCAACAAUAGUCGGCUUGACAUUCUUCACGAGCCUUUUACCUCUUCGUGCUCCUCAAACUUGUCAUACACAGUAGACUAGCAAAAUGGAUGGGAAGACCCUGUCAAGCUCCGCGUAGAUAGCACACUGUAAAAUAGUAUGGGAAGACUCCAUCUACUCGUACAGAUAUGAAACCAAAUGAUAAUAGGUACCAAUAGCAUCAUCAUGGCAAAUGUGUCCUAAGAUAUCCUAACUUUUACUAUCGAGUAACCCUGAGUCUCUUACCUGUGAGUGAGUGAUUAUUCAUAGUGUAGGUCAAUGGCCAGCAACGAGUCAAAUUUAAUAUAGUGACGGGCUUGAUAGUAACAAUAGAUCCUAUAUUUGGGCUACUACAGUUGGUCUGCAGGGUGAAACAGGUGAAGCCUCUAUCUAUUAACUAAAAUAUUCUACCUUUUGACAAAAAAACCAUGGGUUACUCUUUAUUUUAUCCCAGCUCUUCUCUCUUCUUCUCCAUAAUUCUUGUUGAACGAAGUUCCUGAUUUCAGAAACUGAGACCACUUUGUUUUUCCGUAUGGAAAUCAUUUCUGUAGCAGGAUAGAUGAAGAGACUCUUUGAUUGUAUUGCCUGAACAGAUCUCAAAUGCUAACAGUGACUAGCAACCUGAUUUCGCUCCCUAUCGUAUCUGUAAGGUACUGUCAAGUACCCGUGCGUUUGUUGGCCUUCCCAGAAUAUUAAAUGUCUCCUUGAAAGCCGUCUCCUGACUAUUGAGCGGAUUUACACACAAUGAAUUUACGAUCAAAUUACACAGUUCAAAUGAUCAUCCUGCCGAAGAAGUAUCAGCUGGUUGACAACUAUUCCUUCCGAGAUACAUCUAUCUUAUAAUCAAUAUCUCGACUUUAAAUGUGGUGUCUGAGGGAUAAUGGCACGGGUUUGUGGGCAGGAGGUUAAAGUUUACUUUGUUGUUGUUUAGUGAAGGCAUGUAUCCAGAAAUCGACAGCCCCUCGGGCAGUCGAAUCCAAAUCUACACGCUACCACUGUACUGCACACACCCAUCCCCACGCACGCAGGAUCUGGAGAGGUCGUUGGCAAGUUUGAACCGAAGAAGUCAAUGGCGACAUAAAGUUUGACCAAAUGGUCUUCGCCUACUCCAUCUUCUCGCUUCGAAUUGGUGAGAGAAAGGCCGUCAGACCACGCAUCCUCUCGGUCUUCAAUGUUUCGCCGAAGCGCAAAGGAACUCUUCCGUCCUCGUCCUCGUCCUCAUCGUCGUCGGCGGUCUCCUCCUUCACGAGCUUCUGCCUUCUUUGCGAAGGUGGGAGAGACUCGGACUCGGACUCGGGCCCUUGGCGGGAGUCGUCUUCAUGUUGGUCCUCGCGGGCGGAGUCCCGUUCGAGAGAAGCAAGCGAGUAAAGCGGGCGAAGGCAGGCAGGGGCCGCGCGCGGGCAUGCAAGCAAAGCGUUCAAAAGCGUGGAAAGGUUUCAUCGCGACGGAACAAUCCUCGGGCGAUGCCGCAGAGAUUCGUCUCGCAGGGCCACUUCGAGGGUCAAUCGACCGCGGCCAGUUUUCUUGGACUGUACACAUCGCUAUACCUUCGGGUAAAGUCCAAAGCAGCCCAAUCCGAAUCUUCCCUGUGUGACAGCUGGAAAGCACCGGUCCGUAAUUGGGCUGCAUAUGACACAUAUGACAGCCAAAGACCGACUGACCGGCUGGUGCCGCUCCGGCCUCUGCUUCGCCAGCCGGUGGGCAGGAUGAAAUUUCGAACUUUCCGCUCUGCCGCCCUGCGCUAAGAGCGGGGGUUUAGAAGUGGGACUUGAUUUUGUGUGCCUUGAUUAGUGGCUCGUCCGGCAGGCCAGGUCAUGGGUGUACAAGCAGACCGUAUGGAUCAUGUUAUCACGUACACGACUUCAAGCCUUAUCACAUGCAUCGAGAAAAAUCUGCGACGAACGAUCUGGGGAGCGUCUGGACGCAAGCAUUGAGCGGCGUCACGCUCUCCGGGUCACGUUGACCAGAUCAGGUUGGAUAUUUUGGUGUGGUUUCCUCCAUGCUUACAGACUGUACAAAUAAGUUAUUCCAAUUAAAAGUCCCCAGAUGAAUUUAAGACAAGUGUACUGGCGAUUUGUGUGCCACAACCUUCGCAACUUUGGAUCGUGUCGCAUGCUGGAGAACCUAGAGUGUGUAUUUUCCUCUGUUAUUUUCUAUUUGCUACAAACACUAUUUCCUUGUGGAUUACACCUUGAUCCUCUUUGGACGUACCUCUCCAUAUAGAUCACGGA